AUGGGUAGGAGCAAACGGCUUUCAGAAUGGCUUCUAAUAGGAGUGGGCAUACUGCAUAUAAUAAUAGCACCCUAUACAAAAGUUGAAGAAAGCUUCAAUGUACAAGCUAUCCAUGAUAUCUUAUAUCAUCAGUUGAACUUUAGCAAGUAUGAUCAUCACGAAUUUCCUGGAGUGGUGCCACGUACUUUUAUGGGUGCUAUGGUAGUUAGUGUUCCACUUUUUCCUGUAGUGAGUUAUUUCAAGUGGAGUAAUAUUGCAAAACACUGGAUUUUGUACGGCGCAAGAUUCGUGCUUGGUCUAACAGUCUUAUUCGCAUUUCUCCAUUUUGCUGAAAGAAUUGACAAAAAGUUUGGUGAAUUAUCGGGAGACUUUCUGAGGUUGACUAUAGCAACACAGUUCCAUUUUAUGUUCUACUGUUCCAGGCCUCUUCCAAAUACAUUUGCUCUAUUUGGGGUACUUUGGACUUACCAGAAAAUUCUGGAUGGACAUUGGUUAUGUGCAGCACGAAUUGCUACUGUUUUCACACUACUGUUUCGAUGUGAACUGGUAGUGUUUUAUGGUUGCGUUUUCAUAUGGCCUGUUUUAACGCGCCAGCUAUCUCUCUUUAGUUGGAAUGGUGCAAUUAUUCAUUGCUUGUCUGCUGCUCUGUUCAUUUUAGGUGUAUCCGUGCCAGUAGAUUCUUUUUUAUGGCGAAGAUGGGUAUGGCCCGAAGGUGAAGUAUGGUGGUUCAACGUAGUAUUAAACAGAAGUCAUGAAUAUGGUGUUCUGCCCUAUUUCUGGUAUUUUUAUUCCGCAAUUCCACGAGCAAUUAUUGCUUCAACUCCUCUUGUACCUUUGGGCAUGUGGAUUGAUCGUCGUUUACUGCCUAUUCUAAUACCUGUUAUAUGCUACAUCUUGUUAUAUUCUUUCCUUCCUCAUAAAGAACUUCGAUUUAUCAUUUACGCAUUACCGUUUUUGAAUAUUUCAUCAGCAGUGCUCUGUGCAAGAAUGUGA